AUGAGAUCUUUGUUGCUGUUGAUGUUUACGGCUGUAACGGUGGCAUCAGUGGCGGCAGAAGGAGUGAGCAGAGUAAAGCGGAGUUACUACGGCUACGACUACGGAUACGGCGUUGAUGGAGAUUUCUGGUACGCAGGCCGUAUACUCGGUAUCAUAUUGGGUGUGUCACUACUGCUAUUGUGUUGCUGCCUUCCAUGCGUAUGCAUCGCCGGCAUCUGGUUCCUCGGAUGGUUUGGAAUUCGUCAGCGUCGUCGUCAACGAGCAGCAACCAGCAUGCGCCACAGCAAUCAAGCGUCUCCACCUCUUAACGGAAAUGUGGUUUCUCAUCCUAUCCACGUCCAAGAAUCGCCUCUCCCAUCUCGUAGCCGCGACUACUCAGGCGGCGGGAAUGUCAUCUAUACUGCUGAAGACCGUUAUUAUUCAUCUUCUGCCACACCAGGGGAUCGUCGUCCUGACUCCUACAGAGCUUCCAAGUUCUAG